GAAAAGAAUCAGUACGGUGGUCGCCGGCGAGGACGUGCUCGUCGAAAUAAACUCCUCCAACCUAAUUCUCCCCAAGGUGAUAUUUUUAUCAGACAAUUCACUUCUCAAUCUUGCCUUCGUGGGCUCUUCUUAGAUCACUGUGUUCUCACUCAAAUUUUGGGAGGUUAUCAAUGGAAAUCGAUAAAGAGGAGCCAGUGGUGUUCUUGGACCGUACAACCCGAGCAACUCGGGGUAAACGGAUGACCAAGUUGCUUGAUGACGAAGUAGAAGAAGAUGAACAGUUUUGGAAUCAAGAAGCUCUUAAAGAGGAGGAACAUGAUGAUGAAUAUGAAGCAGAAGGUGAAGUUGCUGAUGAAUUUGAUAGCGACUUCAAUGACGAUGAGCCCGAGCCAGAAGCAGUAGCAGAAAAUGAAAAAGUAGAGAGGGAUCAGCCAAAGAAGCGGCUGAUUUACCCUGGGAAACCUGCAUCAAAGAAAAAGAAGAAGAAGACGAAGGUAAUUUCAAAACUAGAAGAUACUCCUGCAGAUGAGAAGCCAGGUGAAGGAAUGGGAAACAAGGAACAAGACGAAAAGGAAGAGAAUGAAGCACAAGAAGAUAUGGAAAGUGAGAAGGUCAUUAGGAAAUCUACCCGGACUUCAGUAGUUGUGCGGCAAGCAGAAAGAGAUGCGUUGCGUGCUGCUAUACAGGCGACAACAAAGCCAAUACAAAGGAAAAAAGUAGGGGAGGAAAAACGGAUGACGCAAGAAGAAAUGCUUCUGGAAGCUGCUCAAACAGAAAUCAUGAAUUUGAGGAAUUUAGAACGUGUCUUGGCAAGGGAAGAAGAAGUGAAAAAGAAAGCGAUUGUGCAUAAAGCAGUCUACAAGGGUCCUCAGAGUCGGUAUAUUUCAAAAGAUGGAUGCAACUAUUUAGAAUUCAGUAAUGGUGCGUCGUUCAAUUCAGAGUUGUCAACGAAGUUUGUUCCCUAUCCAGAAAAAGCUUUAUGUGUGAUUACGGGAUUACCUGCCAAGUACCGCGAUCCAAAAACUGGUCUUCCUUAUGCAACUAAAGACGCCUUCAAAGCAAUACGUGAAAGGUUCAUGGACGAACACGAUGGUUUGAGAAAGAAAAUGGAGAUGGGAGAUUUGUUUUAUACACUUGUGGCGAAAGGUUUUACAAGAAAACAAAAGAGAACAAAGAUUCCGAGGCUAAACAAAUCAUUUACCCUCAGAAACUCAGCUCGUUUCCUUAGGUUCGAGUCUGAAGAAGAAAGUGAAGAAGAUUCAGAAUAAUAAUAACCACCUCUCCCUGCUCUGCUUUGAACUUACAGCUCACAUCACAUGAUUGGAACUUCCCACAACCAGUCUUGUGUAUAAAAUCAUCAAAUGGUUUUGGUUCUCAGAGAUUAGAACAUUAAUGGAGGAAGUUCUCAUGAUUAGAGCUUGAAAUUGAAACAGCACUCUAAUCAGAAAGAGUGAUCCUCCCAACCAGAACCUACGACACCAUCACCGAAUCAGAGAGGAAAAAAAGUGUAAUUUUAUAUAUUUUCUUGACCUUGUAAAUUCAUGUAACUCUCUCUACUUAACUUGUGACAUGAAAGAUUAUAUUUUUUGGUUCAGGUAAUAUCAAUUUCACAUUUAACCGAA